AUCGCAGUGAAGGGGCGGGGUUUCGGUUCUGCAGUCGCUAAAAACAUGGCAACGUCCAUAGCGCUCAGCCUGGAUAACUUACCGUCUGAUCCCUUACUGCUGGUGCUGUCAUUUCUGGACUUCCGAGAUCUGAUAAGCUGCAGUUUUGUAAGUCGUCGACUCAAUGAGCUGACAGGCCAUAACCCUCUGUGGAAGAGACUUUGUCAGAAGCACUGGCUCCUUACAGAGGCAGACAAAAGCCACAGAGGCCUGGCAUGGAAGGAACUGUUUCGGGAGUAUUAUGCUGAUCUGGGCCGUUAUAUUGACUAUUACGGCACUCUCAAGAAAGCCUGGGAUGAUCUGAAGAACUACCUGAAUCAGAAAUGUCCACGAAUGAUAGCUUCACUUAAAGAGGGUGUAAGGGAGGAAGAGCUAGACACUAUUGAGCUCCAGAUUGGCUGCAAACUCCCUAAUGACUACCGUUGCUCCUAUAGGAUACACAAUGGACAGAAACUUGUGGUCCCUGGGCUGAUGGGCAGCAUGGCUCUGUCCAAUCACUAUCGCUCAGAGGACCUGUUGGAUAUUGAGACCGCAGCGGGGGGAUUUCAGCAGAGGAAGGGGAUGCGGCAGUGUCUUCCACUCACAUUUUGCUUCCACACUGGCCUCAGCCAGUACAUGGCCUUGGAGAGCACAGAGGGACGAACACGCAGUGAAAUCUUCUAUCAGUGCCCGGAUCAACUGGCUCAAGAUCCCUCUGCGAUUGACAUGUUCAUUACGGGUCCCAACUUUACUGAGUGGUUCACUUCCUUUGUUGACAAUGUUGUAACAGGAGAAUACCCCAUCAUUCGGGACCAGAUCUUCAGGUAUGUUCAUGACAAGCGCUGCGUGGCAACCACUGGUGACAUCACAGUGUCAGUCUCUACCUCCUUCCUGCCAGAGCUCAGUUCAGUCCAUCCGCCACACUUUUUCUUCACCUAUAGAAUCAGGAUUGAGAUGGCAAAGUCUGCCCUGCCAGAGAAUGCAUGCCAGCUAGACAGUCGCUACUGGAAGAUCACAAAUGCAAACGGAAAUGUGGAGGAGGUCCGUGGCCCUGGUGUUGUGGGCGAGUUUCCAGUGAUGACACCUGGUAAAGUUCACGAGUACGCCAGCUGCACCACGUUUUCCACCACCUCUGAGUUCAUGGAAGGCCACUACACAUUCCACCGGCUCAACAACAAAGAGGAAGUGUUUGACGUGUCAAUCCCACGCUUCCACAUGGUGUGCCCACCUUUCCGUGAAUCAAUGGUGCGGUCGAGCUCAGUCAGUGAGGUGUCUGCUCCUUAUAAUGAUGAGAAUUCAUCAGACACAGAUGACUACGAGCGUGGAGAGAUGCGUGGCAUGAACAUGGCUGACCCAGGAGGACGCUGCCCUCGGCUUGUCUGAUGCACUUUUACAUGCCCUCGCCCACAGAUACUGCUGCACAACACACUCACACAAACGGGACAGCAGGAGGACAAACAGAGCUUUUAGGCAUCCAUUGUUUAUUGUACAGCGCUCUUGUGCCUGUCACCUCUUGAGCGUUUUUUCUCCAGUUUCUGUGGCCAUGGGUCUGGUUGUGGCAUAUCUGUGCAUGGGCACGUCUGUGGACGUGUGAGAUUUUUGUACGUGAGUUUGAGUAUGCAAGUGUGGUUUGUGAUUGAGUGAGAGAGUUUAUUGAAUUUCUGUGAGAUUGGCUCGUUUUGCCUGGGUUUCACAAUUACCUGACUAAACUUACCCGAAGGACUGUUUCAGCCAGAACUGAUAAUUAGAGUUUACUCACCCUCACGUUGUUCCAAACCUGUAUGUCUUUCAGUCUCCUGUGGGACACAAAAGAAUAUAUGAGUAUAUUUUGUCCAUGAAGUGAAAGUGGAGUCCAUUGUUGUGUUGGACCGACUGCCUUUAGAUUUAUGGGCCAAAACACUUUCUCUUCAAAAUAUGUUUGACAGGACAUGUUUGGGAGAAGUAAGACAGUCAUACAGGUUCGGGACGACAUGGGGAUGAGUUAAUAAUGAAAAAAAUUGACAUUUUUGCCUGAACUAUCCCUUUAAAAACUUACACUUACAGAGCACGAGUAGAAAUGAUGACACUACUAUUAGCAGAAAUGUACACACACACUGAAUUGGGAAUACUGUAUAUAUAUAUUGAAUACUUAACAGAAAGGCUCAAUUGAUUUCUUCCACAAGGCCUCAGGUAUGGUGUAGCAUGUAUGUGCUCGUGUGUAUAUGUUUGUUUUUGUGUGGUUUGCACUGAGGGUUUCGGGGGCUGGCUGAGGUUCAGACAACAGCUAACCUGUGCAAGCAGCUUGACGUGCUACUAGUUCUCCACUAGUUCUCCGUUCAGAGGUGCUUCUGCCCUGUUCUCCGAAAAGCUGGAUGGAUGUAAACACAAAGGUCAGCCAGGACACAUUGGUGUACUGUAAAGGAUCUUUUUAGCUCGGAUUAUCUUAAGGGCUGGAGGUUACACCGACUGGUGUGAAUAACAAAAGAUAAUUUUAUGAGAAGUCUAUGGAAUUAUUUUGACUUUCCACAUUUAUCUCCUUAAAAAAAAACCUGUGCAAGAGGUAAAUGAUCAGAAAAUGUUUUUGUUGUACAGUUCAGUUUCUCAGAAUGAAAUCUAGGCAGACUUAAAAAUGUCUUUGCUAUUUUCUUCCCCUUUCCUUCCUAAUGGCAAUGUGAGCUAAGCUUGCCUAGACAUAUGUAUAAUUUUGAUAUUCUUGGUUUGAAUAUUGUUAUAAUCAUAAUGGAUAUUAUGUUAUCAUCUUUGUAAAAUGCCGUGCAGUGAGAUUUUUCAACCGUUUGCUAUUAUGUUCUCUGUUUAGCUCUAUUGAACCUCUCAGAUUACUCCUUUUUUAUUUUGUAAGUGUGAGGGAUUUAUUAUAAUUUCUUUGAGUAAAUAAACAGGUCGUGGUGUAUCAAUA